GGGCUCAUCUACGAGGAGACGCGCGGCGUCCUCAAGGUGUUCCUGGAGAACGUGAUCCGCGACGCCGUCACCUACACGGAGCACGCCAAGCGCAAGACGGUCACGGCCAUGGACGUGGUCUACGCGCUCAAGCGCCAGGGCCGCACCCUCUACGGCUUCGGCGGCUGA